UCUCUGAAUCUGCACCUAGCAAUAAUCAAAGCUUAAUUAUUGUUCUAUAAACAUAAUUGAUAUCUAUACGCCUGCAUGCAUGAGCAUCGCCCUAUAAAAACUUAGCACAGUGUUACUCCCCAACCUUCAAACCAUUUUUUAUAGUUUAUAUCGCUGGCCUCAAUAUUGAUUCCUUCUCCCUAGGUUGUUCCAUCACCAAGAAACAAAGCCUCUUUAACAUGGAGGCCAAAGCCAGCUCAGGCAUUCAACUUCCUCCAGGAUUUAGAUUCCAUCCAUCUGAUGAGGAGCUCAUAGUGCACUAUUUGAAGAACAGAGUCACUUCAAGUCCACUUCCUGCAUCUAUUAUUGCUGAGAUAGAUCUCUAUAAGUAUAACCCAUGGGAGCUACCAAGUCUGGAUAGGAAGUACCCCAAUGGAGCCCGGCCUCACAGGGCAGCAGCUUCAGGUUAUUGGAAGGCAACAGGGACAGAUAAAUCGAUUUUUAAUUCCUUCGGAACAGCCAAAAUAGGCGUCAAGAAGACUCUCGUGUUCUACGAAGGACGCCCUCCCAAAGGACUAAAGACAGACUGGAACAUGCAUGAAUACAGAUUGCUAGAUGCCAUGAUUUGGAACAAUCCCAAGGGAAAAGGAUCUAUGAGGUUGGAUGAUUGGGUGCUGUGUCGUGUUAGGCAGAAGAACAGCAUCCUCAGAAACACAUGGCAAGAUCAAAAUAUUCCAAGUUGUGCAUCUGCACCCACCGGCUUGUUCCCAAAAGUGAAUGAGCUACGGCAAAUGAACAUCAACCCCAACACUGAGAUGGUCACGAAUUAUUUUUACGAUGAUUGCCCAAUGUUACCUUGUAUCUUUUCUCCCCAGAAUUUUCCAACAACUUAAAGAGCCUCAAG